AUGGCUUUCGAGGAGAAAAGUGUUCAAAUUCACCACACAAGUCGGACCCAUAUUAAGUGCGCUGAUUUCAUGGCCCGAGAAGGACAUAGAGGAUCAAUGGGGAUGCCACACGCACACUCUUCAUUUCGCUCACUUUGCGGAACAGAGCAGAGUGAGGGAGAGGGUCUGAAGGACCAGAGGACAUCGUGGAAGAAGGAGAGGCCACUGGUUUUGGGACAAGGGGAAAGUGGAGGAGACUUGUGUGAUCUGAAAAUGUGCAUAUGCAAUCUGAUGGUAUACGAGAGGAGACAGCCCAGGAACAAACACAAUCUUGCAAGCCGGGUGCCAAGUAAGGAAGGGGGACCACCAGGAGACGGAGGGCGGACACGAGAAGGGGCCCACCAGGGAUUAGGGUAGUGGAGAGACGAUUAUUUGGGGUGCUGUGCGGAGGAAAGGGUAGGAAGGAUCAUAGUGACUGGGGAGAGACCUGACCUCUCGAAGGUUAGGGAGGGAUGUUAUUCUGAUUGCAGUUUUCUUUAUCUUUUGAACUAGCCGGAACUAGGGUUAGUUGGCUACCAUUUUCCAUUU